AUGCCUAUGAUCUAUGGCGAAGGCGAGCAAGCCUUCAGGCGGCUUCAAGAGGAGAUAAUGCGCCGCAACACGGAUAAUUCCAUCUUGGCAUGGAAUUUGAGUAGCAGUGACGACGGGCCGGGCGAAGCCACGACCGGCAAGAUCCAUUUCGGGGGCGUCUUGGCAGCUAACCCCGCAGAAUUCGCAAAUAGCGGCGAUAUCGUAUGUCGAGAACAAGCAGGAACAGCGGUCGGGCCAUCGUAUGUUUUCGGAGGCCAUUUACGGGUUCACCUCUGCCUUUACAUCACAGCAACAAACCAAACUUUCGGUCUGCUCAACUGUCAUCCAAAAGACGAUGCAGAGUCUGUUGUCGGCAUUCCGCUUUUCGGAGUUAGCUCCGAUGGACCAACCGAAGAGUAUAUUCGACCAGACGGACACCCUGGGAAGCUGCUCCGCGGCGUUGGCACAAAGGGCCCGUCCAAGCUUGUCAGAAUCUACAACGACCGUCAAAAUCAGAAAGUCACCAGUCUCAAUCGUCGAUACGGUUUCUACGUGGAAGACUCGGUUCAUGACACCGGGCUAGAAUUGGUCGAUGUGGAGCCCAGGGACCGCUGGGAAAGAGACAACGCAACCAUCAAUACGACGGUGGACUUCAAGCACGACCAGGUUCAAAAGACAUGGGUUCGAUUUCGUCAAAAGCGAGAGGAGUGUCGCGACUAUGUGGCCAUGUUGGAACUCGAAGUCAACCAUUCCAUUCAUCCACGAGUCCAUGCCCGAUGCCAUAUCAUGACGUCGUCUAGAGACACUGAUUUGAAGAUUAUUGCCUCCAAAUUCGGCAGCAUGACUAAGAACACCUUUGGCAGGCAAAGUGCCAGCAACGGUAUCUCAAACAUUUUGUUCACUCUCAACGAGGAGCGUAUUGGGGCCCAUCAGAUGUUUGUCCUGAGACUUUCGUUCCUUAGUAAGCCUCCAACAGACAGCGUCGACGUGACUCUUGCGCUGGCUCAAGCAGAUAGAAAAGCCAGUCUUCGUGAUCUGCUUUUCGAAGACAUAUCUAUUGGUUCACAAAGGUCUAGCAUAGGCCGCCAGAUUCGAGAAAAGGAGGAUGGAAUACAAUUGUACAAAGAGCAGCUUGCGGAAAUUCAAACACAGCUCAGCCAACUGCAAGUACAGAAGAUGAUGUUGGACGAGGGCCUAACGGAAGCCACCAGAGAAUUCAAACAUCUCGACGAACAAGACGGAAAGCUCAAAAAAUACCAACAAGCUUUAUCCCAAGACGUCAAAGCGACGCAAGAUCUCCUCCACACGGAAACCACCAGCCAGUGGCAUGAAUCCUUAACAAGGACCCUCCUUUUCGGGUUGCUUCCCCGCAGCGAUGCUUUUGCGAAUAUUUCUUUGGCAGAGAUGUCAAGAAAGGCAUUAGUAGAGGCGACAGUCUCAGGAUGUGAAGUCGUUAUCCAGUUUCUCCUUGAUGGAGGAUUUGAUUUCGAGUCCAAAGAUGACCAAGAUAACAGCAUGUUGUCGAUUGCUGCAUCGAAGGGUCAUGAAGAAGUUAUCCAGAUGUUCGCUGAUAAAGGCGCUAAUAUCGAAUCUGUCAACUGCCAAGGGGUCACGCCUCUUCUAGCAGCAACCCUUCAAGGCAAUACCUCUGCCGCAAAGCUUCUCCUCGAUCUAGGAUCCUCAAUCGAGGCCAAGAUCAAGGAUGUUCAGCUGUCGAUGAAUCUAGAGUCUCUGGUACACCAAGAACAUGGAGGCCUCGCAGUGGCCGAUGCCCAAUCACAUUGCGGAGUGGGCUGGACUCCUUUACUAGUCGCCGUGGCAAAGGGCAACCGCAAUCUGACGAGUUUACUGGUCACUAGGGGUGCUGACCCAGAAACGAUUACAAGUAGUGGGAAAACUCCUCUAACAAUUGCUGCGAUGAAGGGAGAUGACGUCUUGACAACAUACCUGUUGGACAGGGGGGCCGAUAUCAAGACGCGGGACGCCAAUGGCUGGACGCCUUUGUUCCACGCCACCUCAAGAAACAACAAUCCCCUUAUGCGUCUUCUUAUCGAUAAAGGGGCUAACAUUCAAGCUGAAGAUACGAAAGGACAGUCGCUACUCAACUUGGCCGCUGAGAAGGGGCAUAAUUCGGCUUCGGCGCUUUUGAAGGACAGUGGUUCUAUCGAAACGGUGGCCAAUGGAGACAAGGCGUCAUCCCAGCAGGAUCUUCAUUGGAAGCCUUGGUUCGGGCAAACUGAAGUUCUGGCGUAA